AUGGCUUCGCUCUUCGCGGUUCUCUUUACUCUUCGCCUCCUAGAGACUGCUUGGGCUGAGCCUGCACCCUCAUAUCCUUUCAACGCACAACUCCCUCCUGCCGCCAGAAUAGAUCGGCUCUUCUCGUACUCUUUCUCUCCAAAUACAUUUACAUCCAAUUCCAAUAUCACCUACAGUCUAGGCCAUCAUCCAAGCUGGCUAUCUCUCGAGAAAGGCGGCCGACGUCUGUAUGGGACGCCAAAAGAUGACGAUAUCCCUGCGGGAGAGGUCGUAGGCCAGCAGUUUGAUCUUAUUGCGACGGAUAGUAUCGGUUCGGCCUCUAUGAAUGCUACUAUUGUAAUAUCACGCAAUCCGCCACCCUCAGUAAAAAUACCUAUUUCACAGCAGAUGGACAGCCUGGGACAAUUUUCAGCCCCGUCUUCGCUCUUAUCCUACCCAUCAACCGAUUUUCGGUAUACUUUUGACCUGAAUACGUUUGGUGCUGGGAAAAAUUUCAGCUAUUACGCUUCGACUAAUGAUAGCACUCCUUUGCCAGCAUGGAUCACAUUCGAUAAGCAAACGCUGACCUUCUCCGGGAGGACUCCAGCUUUUGAGUCCUUGGUCCAACCUCCGCAGAAGUUUGAUUUUAAUCUCGUCGCCUCUGAUAUUGUCGGGUUCUCGGGAACUGCUCUCUCAUUUGCUAUUGUGGUCGGCAGCCACAAACUUACUACGGAUCACCCCGUCAUUCAGCUGAAUGCUACAAGAGGCUCCAAGAUUAGCUAUGAUGGACUGACCAAAGGGAUCCAGCUGGACAACAAAGCUAUCGAACCUAGCUCCCUUAAUGUGUCGACUGAGAAUAUGCCCUCUUGGCUGUCUUUAGAUCCGACGACGCUACUCGUGGAAGGAACGCCGACAAGCAACGAUGAGUCCGCCAGUUUUACAAUCAUCAUUCAUGAUUCAUUUGCAGAUGUUCUGAAUAUUCACGUCCGAGCUGAUGUGGGCACUGGUUUAUUUCAGUCAAACCUCCAAAGGGAUAUCGAAAUUAAGCCUGGAGAUGAAUUUAACCUUGACCUCUCGUCAUAUUUCCGCGACCCUAAGGAUAUAGACCUCAAAGUUGAUCUGGAUCCCGAACCGGGCUGGCUACAUGUUGAUGGGCUCAAAAUAUCAGGCAAUGCCCCCAAAACGGCAAAAGGCAAAUUCAAAAUGUCACUCAAAGCUACGUCGAAAAGCAAUGGUCUCAGCGAAUCAGAGGUAUUGCAAGCCGCCUUUCUCUCGCCAGACAAAGCGACGUCGUCCUCCGGUUCUCAUGCAUCAAAUUCCACGAUGCCGGCUGGCAUGAGUUCCGAAGAUGGCCCACCUCACCGUAUGAAUACAACCGAUAUUCUCCUGGCUACUCUUUUACCGAUUCUGUUCCUCACCUUUGCCAUAAUGCUCAUUGUAUGCGUCAUGCGCAGAAGACGGCAUCGUCGAACUUAUAUCUCGUCAGCAAAGCAUCGGCCCAAGAUAUCAGACCCAAUACGCUUUACACUGCGCAAUAACGAGUCAGACGAGGAAACAAUCUACCACGUAGAGAAGACUAUAGGCUCCAAAAGAUCCAACACGCAGCUACAGCUAUUCAAGAAAGGUAAUGGUAUCUUUGCAGAGGUGGCAUCACAAAUAUCAUCAAGGUCAAAAAGAUCGGGUACUUUGCGCGGUGUUUCCAUACCCAGGCGUACUCCUACAGCGCCAAUGGCAUCGGGAGCUCGGCCUGCCACGGCUAGGAGCGUUAGUCCGCUGGACGACGAAGAUCAAGCCUCAUGGUUUACCGUAGAGAGAACCACAGCUAGCGGGCGAAGCCAUAAGGCAACAGACAGCUGCCAUUCAGACACGACCUUGCCCGAAGCCGCUCAGUUGUAUUUGCCCACAUCAAGUUUCCUCACAGAAGCUGGGGGGAGUGCAUUUAGGAGCGGACUAGAUCUUACGCUGCCGUCCUUUGAUGAUUUGGCCAAUAUACAGCCCAUGUCCGUUGCACCUCACAACGUUUCAAGCGAGCGAGCUGUCUCGGGGGCCUUUUCGGCUACAACGUCCAGUUCUGCCGCGUUGCCGUCAGUCCUUUCGACAGUUCAAGACAUUCAAGAGCCAUUUGACCCCAGCCUUGUUAGUCGAGCGAAAGAACCCGCCAAUAAGCCUCUCACCAAGGAAAAGGAGCCCGCCACAGAAACAAAGGCAGAUGGCGAAGCAGCUGAAAGCAUCUCAGAGCUAAAACAGCCCAGCCAAGCGCGACUUUCGAGCCACAAAUGGCUCAGCCGCCGCGGUUCUUCUUGGAUGAACACAGCCUCUAUAUCAAAUAGAGCCAAGAGCUUCCAAACAGAGCCAUCAUUUGGAUCAAACGAGAACUGGCGCGCGCUCGCCCAACGAGAUCCAAGCAUAGCAUACCUAGAGCUCGUAGACGAGACGCCUUUCCUCCCGUCCAGAUCGGCAUCGAGAACAAACGUGUCACAGCUAGAAGAGCGACGGAGCCUGGAGCUCAUGUCGCCAAGCAAAUGGGGCGAGGAUGAGAGGAAGAGCACGAUACGGCCCAUGAGGUCCACGAGUGCGAUAUCUGCGGUGAGCGAGGGUGGUACGUCGUCUGUGUUUGGGGAGAGAGAGGCGGCGACCUGGAAGAGAGAAGCUUCGGCUGCUAAAGUGUCAGAGAGGAGCUUCAAGAUGUUUAUAUAA